GCUCAUGGAAAGGGUAGUGAUGAGUCUACUUUGACACUGUUGUCUCAGCUCAAAAAAUAUGCAGCAUCUUCCAGCCCGCCUGGUAAAGUCUCUGUCUGCUACUUCUUUACCAUGCACCACUACCCUUCAAGAACUUGCCUCUGCUCACCCCAAAGGUGUUGCGAGGGUCGUCUUGAAAAAGGGGAAGACACAAUUAUUCAAGGAUGGAAGCCCAAUGGUUUACAGCGGAGCAGUUGAUAGAAUAAUUGGUAGACCACCACCUAGGACUGGAGACAUUGUGCUGGUAGCUGAUGGGGCAGAAAAACCAAUAGGCUGGGGCAUGUAUAAUUCCGUCUCCAUGUUCUGUGUUCGGCUGAUGCAGCUGGAAGAGGAAGCAACGAGGGAUUUGUCAUGUGCAUUGAACAUGGAGAAACUACUUGAGACAAGAAUUCAUGAAGCUAUGGAACUACGUAAGAGUUUGGGGCUUCCAUCAGCUAGUACAAAUGCAUUCCGUCUUGUCAAUAGUGAAGGAGACAG